AUGUCUCUCAAUAAAAAAGUCUACGCAGCUACUGGCGGUGCAUCGGCCAUCGGUCUGGCAACGGCUGAGCUCCUUCUCAGUCGUGGCGCAUCCGUCUCCUUGUGCGACAUCCAGGCCGCAUCGCUAGAGCGCGUCGCAACGAUCACCAUCAAAACACCAAUCUCAGAUUCAACCAAGACUCAAGACGCCCCUCUGUACUCGCAAAAGGUCGAUGUGAGGAGUCGGAAGCAGGUCGAAGACUGGAUGAGUAAGACUAUCGAACGUUUCGGUCGUCUGGAUGGUGCAGCGAACCUGGCGUGUGCCAUCCCAAAGUCUCAAAACAUCGCUUAUGUCGCUGACCAAGAUGAUGGAGAAUGA